GCACCCUCCACCACACUUUUCCAGCCAAGCCCAGACAUACCCCUCCUUGUAAGGUAAAAACUUCAAUGGGAGCCUUCCUUUUUAAUAAAGAAAGCCUCGUGGUGGAACAUCGUUUUGAUCCAUUCAAACGGAAGGAUGAAAGCUCUGCAUAGGAACACAAUGUGAAUGGAAGAGAUCUGUCAUUAUGCAAACGAUACGGCACUCUGAACAGACACUAAAAACAGCUCUCAUCUCAAAGAACCCAGUGCUUGUGUCCCAGUAUGAAAAAUUAGAUGCUGGGGAACAGCGUUUAAUGAAUGAAGCCUUCCAGCCAACCAGUGGUCUCUUUGGACCCAUUACCUUGCAUUCACAAUCAGAUUGGAUCACCUCUCAUCCUGAGGCUCCCCAAGACUUUGAACAGUUUUUCAGUGAUCCUUACAGAAAGACACCCUCUCCAGAGAAGCGCAGUAUUUACAUACAGUCCAUCGGAUCUUUAGGAAACACCAGAAUUAUCAGUGAAGAAUAUAUUAAAUGGCUUAAGGGCUACUGUGAAGCUUUUUUCUAUGGCUUGACAGUAAAACUCCUAGAACCAGUUCCUGUUUCUGCAACAAGGUGUUCCUUUAGAGUCAAUGAUAACACACAAAACCUACAAAUUCAUGCAGGGGACAUCUUGAAGUACUUAAAAAAGAAGAAACCUGAAGAUGCCUUCUGUGUUGUGGGUAUAACAAUGAUUGAUCUUUACCCAAGAGACUCCUGGAAUUUUGUCUUUGGACAGGCCUCUUUGACAGAUGGUGUGGGGAUAUUCAGCUUUGCCAGGUAUGGCAGUGAUUUUUAUAGCUUGCACUACGAAGGCAAACUGAAGAAGCUCCAGAAAACAUCUUCAAGUGACUAUUCAAUUUUUGAUAACUAUUACAUUCCUGAAAUAACUAGUGUUUUGCUGCUUCGAUCCUGUAAGACCUUAGCCCAUGAGAUCGGACACAUAUUUGGACUGCGACACUGCCAGUGGCUCACGUGCCUAAUGCAAGGCUCCAACCACUUGGAAGAAGCUGACCGGCGCCCUCUGAACCUUUGCCCUAUCUGCUUACGAAAGUUGCAGUGUGCUAUUGGCUUCAGCAUUGUAGAAAGAUACAAAGCACUAGUGAGAUGGAUCGAUGAAUCUGCCCACACGCCUGGAGUAACUCCAAAACAUAGUCGUAAGGCUAAGGGGAAUUUACCAAAACCUGUUGAAGCCUUUAAGGAAUGGAAAGAGUGGAUAAUGAAAUGCCUUGCUGUUCUCCAAAAAUAAGGACCUUCGAAUAGGAGUAAUUAAAAUAAAUACUUGCACAUUAUGCUUUCAUUUGGGUGGAGUACUUCAUUGGAAUAAACUAUUUACAGAUUCUGUGCUGUGUCAAAGUAACAGAACAGAACCUUCUUUAAAGCACCUGAAUUGAAAUGAGACUCACUUGAAUAAAAAAAAUUCUAUAAACU